GCUACGUGCGGAUGCGGCACCUCACUUUGAGUGCCAUAAAGCUCUCGAAUCCGGCCAGAACCGCGACCAAAGGCAUCAUUCUUCGCUGUUGCAGCCGCCUUCAAGCGCAUUCGAGCAUCGAAAACGCCAAUCCAUCGCUGCAGCCUUCUCCCACGUGGGAGACACGUGCAGUCCUCGCAGCCGUGUUUAACCAAUGGCCGACUUCCAGCAGCAACCUCCCACGCGCAUCAAGCUGCGGCGCGACGCGAUCAUCCACGCCAUCGCCUUUCAUGACGAAAUGUACGCCGUCGGCGACGACGAGGCCCUCACCGUCGUCGACGCGAGAACCGAUCACAGUAUAAGGCGUUUCGAAGAAGUGGGCACGGUGCUGAGCGUCUGUUUUGUGGGAGACCGCGUCGCGGCGGGGACGCUGCGCGGCGUCGUUUCAUUAAGAAAGAUGUGCGACCAUGAAACGUGGGACGGGCGCUGCAGCUGUGGCAGCGACGAGCUUGCCCUCGCGCCGGCCGGUGCCGACCGCGCGGGCGUCCGCGCAAUCGCAGCAUUUGAAAGCCGCCUCGCGGCCGGCGACGCCGCGGGGCGGGUCUGCGUGUGGUACGUCGGCGAGGCAGGCACGCAGCCGCUAUUCUCGUUAAGGGCAGCGAAGGACCGGACCUGCGCCGUCGAGGCCCUCGCACUGGAGCAAACCUCGUUGGUCGUGGCCCGCUCGGCGCUCGGCGCGACGCAAGUGCCUCUCUUGUCGGCCUGGGGCUUGCACGACGACACGCCCCCGGAGGUGUCCUGGUCCUCGGACGAAGAGGAGGACGGCGACGCGAGCGACGACGGCGACGAGUUUGAUCCGUGGCACCCUUCACUAACACAGCGCCUGGUCGUGAACCCCACUUCCGAAACCGUCGACGUGCACGCGGUCGCGCGUUCUAGUACUAUGCUCGUCGCCGGGGCGUCCGACGGCUCGGUCGCGGCCUGGGACGCCGCGACCUUCGAGGUCCGGUGGCGCGGCUCCGUCGGCGCGAGCGUCCAGGCGCUGGCGCUCGCCGCGGGCAGGGUCGUUAUCGUGCCUAUUGGUGUUGGCGCGGCGGCGGCGCCGGUCUACAUAUCUGGCGCAUUCGCGGACCGGGUCGCGCUCGCGCCGCCGGCGCGAAAGCCGAUGGGUGGCGCGAAUUGUGAUGGGUGCGGCACGCCCGCACUCGUCUGGGACGGCAGCGUCCAGCAGGGGUGCCCCGUCUGCAGCGCCGGGACGGUGGUCAACGCGUGCGCGCUCGCGCGCGACGGGAAGCGGCUCCUGGCGGGCGGCUACGACCGGAGCCUGCACGCCUGGGACCUCUCCUCUGACCAAUGACGGCCGACGCCACUGCCACGCAAUCGCCGCGGCUAUCACUCCCACGCCAUCGCCGCGAAUAUCACUCCUGUAACACACUGUAUAACUUACACAACACUGGCGUA